AUGGAGUUGAAGACCGCCGUCACACAAGGCUCGCAUGCCCUCACACCCUUGAUCAACAGAAUGGGUGCCGUGAAAGGCCCACGCCAGGCCGCAUCAACUACCACUCUCAUUUCCAAUGUUGGUGAACAGAUAUCGGGAUGGGUGACCCUAUGGCAUGCACCAGAAAGGCAGGUCAUAUGGACCGAAAGCCACCAGAGUGGGCCGAGGUUGACUCUCGACAGACCUCAGGGUGCCAUCUAA